AUGGAGGAUGUCGGACGAGUCCCCGAAGGCCUGCCCUCCGCCCCUUCUCUAGAACCCACCACCAUCCCUACCCUCGAUGGCUGGAUUGAAAGCUUGAUGAGCUGCAAGCAGUUGGCCGAAUCAGAUGUCCAGAGACUUUGCGAGAAGGCACGAGAGGUUCUCCAAGACGAAUCCAAUGUUCAACCUGUUAAAUGCCCAGUGACUGUGUGCGGUGAUAUUCAUGGUCAGUUCCAUGACUUGAUGGAGCUCUUCAAAAUUGGUGGCCCGAACCCAGACACAAACUACCUUUUCAUGGGCGAUUAUGUUGACCGUGGCUAUUACUCCGUGGAGACAGUCACCUUGCUGGUUGCUCUGAAGAUUCGUUAUCCGCAGCGGAUCACGAUUCUUCGUGGUAACCACGAAUCGCGCCAGAUCACUCAGGUGUACGGCUUCUACGAUGAGUGCCUACGGAAAUACGGGAACGCGAACGUAUGGAAGUAUUUCACAGACUUGUUCGACUAUCUACCCCUCACCGCCCUCAUCGACAACCAGAUCUUCUGCCUGCACGGCGGUCUAUCCCCGAGUAUCGAUACUCUUGACAACAUUCGAGCCCUUGACAGAAUCCAGGAGGUGCCGCAUGAGGGCCCCAUGUGCGAUUUGUUGUGGUCUGAUCCCGAUGACCGAUGCGGAUGGGGUAUUUCCCCACGUGGUGCUGGUUACACCUUCGGGCAGGAUAUUUCAGAGGCAUUCAACCAUAAUAAUGGUCUGACCUUGAUUGCUCGAGCACAUCAGCUUGUUAUGGAGGGUUACAACUGGUCUCAAGACAGGAACGUCGUCACAAUCUUCUCUGCACCGAAUUACUGUUACAGAUGUGGCAACCAAGCAGCGAUUAUGGAGAUCGACGAGCACUUGAAAUACACUUUCCUGCAAUUCGACCCUUGCCCGCGUGCUGGCGAGCCCAUGGUUUCAAGACGAACUCCAGAUUACUUCCUGUGA